ACACCGUCAACAUACUCUCUUUCAAUGUCUACGUGUACAUGUAUCUCUCCCUCUCCAAAUCUUUGCUAGUUCCGGUAACUGCUUUCCGGCGUACAGAAUUGGCGGUAUGGAGAAAGAUCCUUUACUUCCUUAUCUAAGCCCAAGAAAGAGAACACCAGUACCACCCCCACCACUUUGCCCUCUCCCUGAAGACGAUGAAAUCUCUCUACCUCUCCCUCUAACUCCUUCUGAACUUAAAGACCGCCUUAUUUUUGGCCCAUCUUCUGCUUCUCCAACAGACCCGUCUCCUCUUGUUGAAGCCUUAACGUUUUCUCUCAAUUCACCAAGACCCUCCUCUUCUAAUCAAGAUUUCAACUCUUUCCUUGAUUCUCCUCAGUUACAGCAACAUCUUCAUCAGCAAUCUUGUUUAGUUGAUCCUAAUUACCCAUGGACGAAAACCAAUCUUCACAGGUCAAAAACUGCACCUGCUAUGGCUGUCAUCAAUGAUUUUAACCAACCUGUGAUUACCAAGCCAAAAUUUGGUUCCCAAUCAAUUAUAGGUCAAGCUUUUUUUCUUUUGGUAUUGUAUCUGUCUCUCGGUGUGCUUAUAUAUUCUCUUAAUCGUGACAAGUUUGAAGGAAUUGAAACGCACCCAGUUGCGGAUGCUUUGUAUUUUUGUAUUGUGACUAUGUGUACUAUUGGUUACGGGGAUAUUACUCCUAAUAGCACUGCUACCAAGUUGUUUUCCAUUUUAUUUGUGUUGGUUGGUUUUGGUUUUAUCGAUAUUUUUCUUUCUGGGAUGGUUAGUUAUGUGCUUGAUCUGCAAGAGAGUCAUUUGUUGAGGAAUGUUAAGAGAGGGGUCGAAAAGGAAUCUGGUGGUUCUUAUAUAAUUGAUGUGAAGAAAGGGAGGAUGAGGAUAAGAAUGAAGGUAGGAUUGGCAUUAGGUGUUGUGGUUCUUUGUAUCGGAGUUGGUGUUGGUUUCAUGCACUUUUUCGAGAGGCUAGGAUGGUUGGAUUCAAUUUAUCUAUCCGUUAUGUCUGUUACAACAGUUGGAUAUGGUGAUAGGGCAUUCACCUCAUUGGCUGGUCGUAUUUUCGCUUCCAUUUGGUUGCUUGUGUCGACACUUGCUGUUGCUCGAGCAUUUCUGUAUUUGGCCGAGGCAAGAGUUGAUAAGCGGCAUAGGAUGAUGGCAAAGUGGGUGCUUGGUCAACACAUGACUGUCUCGGAGUUUCUUGCUGCAGACAUUGACAACAAUGGGUUUGUGAGUAAGUCAGCGUAUGUAAUAUACAAGCUCAAGGAGAUGGGAAAGGUAUCAGAGAAAGAUAUUCUGCAGAUAUGUCAGCAGUUUGAGAGGCUAGACACCGGCAACUGUGGGAAGAUUACACUUGCUGAUCUCAUGGAAAGCCACCCUUGAUCAAGUCUUCUCAUGGGCUACCAAACACGAGAAAUCUCAGUGGAUUGUAGAUUAAACUGUUGAAGCGCUUGAAGGGUUAAUCAUGUUCAAGCUGCAUACAGAAAUAUAACUCAAUGAGUUAUAGUGCCUGAUCAGCUGGGUCCUACUAUUCGUCAUGGCUACCCAAUCAGCUUGCCAUCUCUGGAGUUCACGUGGGCAAAUUUCCGCCCUCUUUCAACCAAGUCUAGAAACCAGUUUGGAUAUUUCAACUGCUUAGCUCCUAGCAGCCACAAUGCUGGUUGUAUAUUGAGUGACGGGGGGUGGACAACUGAGCUGAUUGGAGUAUAAUGCAAUUUUUCUAGUGUAGACCUGUUGUAUUAAUUCUUUUUGAGAUGCCAAGAGACGAAGAGGUUCAGUAAUGAUUUGGGGUCUUCAUCAAAUGUGAAUAUUUGUUGUUGAAUGAGUAAAGGUGGGGCUCCUACUCUCUCCCAUCAUCUGGGAUAGUCUCCUUUGUGUUGUCUCAAUAACAAUUACAGUAGCAGCACUUUUAUCCUGAUUGAAUCUGCAUUCUGCAGCAAGUUUCUGCCCGUGUGUUUGUGUGC